AUGUCUGAUUCCAAGGAAGAGGCGGGUGCCUCUCCAGUGAAGUCACCCAUUUACCGUUCUCAAGGACGCUCUCUAGGAGUCGUCUAUGAAGAUGUCAGCGUGUUAGGCACAGCCGCCGGUGCCAACGGAAUCUCCACCCUACCCGCCAUUAUCUGGGACAUUGCCAAGUGGCCUGUGAACGCCAUUGCUCAGUUUACGGGCAAACAAAACAUCCCAACGACCCCUAUACUGCGCAAUGUUUCUGGUGUUGUUUUUCCUGGUGAGACCAUGUUGGUUCUUGGUCGCCCUGGAGCUGGAUGUUCAACCUUGCUGCGUGUCUUGGCCAACAACCACGAGUCCUUCCAAGAUGUGCAGGGACGUCUCAUGUACGCUGGUCUAUCAAAUGAAGAAAUGUCACGCUCGUACCGCUCUGAGACGGUCUAUGCCAGCGAAGACGACUUUCAUUUUCCGACACUCACCGUAAAGAACGCAAUGGGCUUUGCCUUUUGUCUACGCAAGCCAGCCAAUCAUACACAGUCGGAUUCAUCAUUCGCAGCUGACAUGACCGACGCUUCACUCAGCUCUGUUGGUCUUUCGCAUACCGCCAACACGAUUGUCGGUGAUUCCUUUGUGCGAGGUGUGUCUGGAGGAGAGCGCAAGAGGGUAACCCUCAUCGAAGCCCUAUCUGUGAAUCCUGCCGUGGCUUCGUGGGACAAUCCUACGCGCGGGCUCGAUAGCUCUUCAGCGAUAGACUUUGUGAAUCUGAUUCAGAAUUUAUCCCGCGAGACGGGCAUGGCAAACACCGUCACCAUGUACCAGGUAUCCGAGACGAUCUAUGAGUGUUUCGAUCGUGUUACUGUGCUCUAUGAUGGACGCAUGAUCUUCUGUGGAAGAGCGGCCAAUGCCAAAGCAUACUUCAACCGUCUUGGGCUCGAGUGCCGUGAUCGCCAGACGACGGCUGACUUCCUCACUUCCAUCACCUCGCCUGCUGAACGGCUGAUCCGCAAAGAUGCUGUCGGGUCUGUUCCUCUUGAUCCGGAUAGUAUGGCGGCCGCCUUUCGAGAAAGCGACCAAUAUCAGACUCUGCAGCGGGAGAUUCAAGAAUACCAUCAACGGGUUGGUACAGAUACUCAGCUGAUGACCAGUUUCCGAGAAAGUGUGCAGCAGAUUCGAUCUCGCUGGGCGCCCAAGCAGGCUAUUGCCCCAAACACUGUUUUGAAGCAGAUCUGGAUUGCACUUUGCCGACACUAUCAAUUGAUCUGGGGUGACCGUCGCACUUUUUAUACUUUAAUUAUAUUCAACAUCCUCAACGCAGUUAUCAACGCUACCUCAUACUACAUGGCUCCCAAGGACGUGACGGGCUCGUAUGAAAAAAGUUGUGCUCUGUUCUUCUCUUUGAUCUAUUUUUAUCUAAACGCGCUCACUGAAGCCACCUCCACCGUCAAGUCUCGAACUAUUCUGCUAAAGCAAGUGCAGUACGGUUUCAUCCACCCUUCAGCAUUUGUGAUAGCACAAACCAUUGCCGACAUCCCCAUAUCCUUCUUUCAGUGCUUGGUAUUUGCCUGCUGCUACUAUUUCGAAAUCGGUCUACAGCAAACUGCGUCUGCAUUCUGGAUUUUCGUGCUCAUCGUCUUUGUCCAUUAUUCUGCUGUUCAGAGUCUAUUCCGUAUGCUCGGCGCUUGGGCACCCAACGUCCCCUUGACCCUCAUGAUGGCGGGAAGCGCAAUCCCCGUUGGCCUUUUGUACUCUGGUUUCGGUCCAACCAGACCAUAUCAACAUCGCUGGGGUUCAUGGUUGCGCCGCACCUCGCCUUCGCCCUGGGCAUUAGAAGCACUGCUUGGAAACGAGUUCAGUGGCAUCACAUUAACCUGUUCCGCAACAGACAUGGUCCCAGAAGGGCCAGGAUAUGACCAGCUGGCUUACCAAACGUGCAGCAUAACCGGUAGUGAAAAGGGCCAGCAGUCCGUCCCUGGAAGUGUCUAUCUGGCAGAUCAUUUCGGCUACACUCGCGCCCAUCUCUGGCGGAAUUUCGGCAUCAUCCUUGUUCUUUGGUUUUUGUACAUGGUCCUCGCAUGUAUCGGGCUGACAUUCAUGACUCGUGAAACGAGCGGUUCUCACUCUCGCGUUUUCAAGAACUCGAAAAGCCGCUCUGCUGGUGCAGACGAUGUGGAAAAGCGAGCCAACCCGUUCUCCGGCUCCCCGUCGUCGUCGAUUACUGAAUCUCGAGAAAAGGUCACGCCCGAAACACACGGUACCAUGGCUAACUCGAGCGUGUUUACAUUCCGCGAUAUCAGCUAUUUCGUACCAGUGAACGGAAAGGAAAAGCAACUUCUGCGCAACGUCAAUGGAUACGCCCGUCCAGGCCAGCUGACGGCUCUCAUGGGUGCUUCUGGAGCGGGAAAGACGACGCUACUCGAUACACUUUCACAGCGUAAAAGCACUGGGCGUGUUGAGGGUGUUCUUCAGCUGAAUGGUGGUCCUUUGGGUGCGUCUUUCGCGCGGUCUUGUGGGUUUGUCAUGCAGCAGGAUGUGCAUGAACCUAAUGCUACUGUUCGUGAAGCGCUGGAAUUCUCUGCCCGACUCCGUCAGCCGGCUCAUGUUUCUGAUGAGGAGAAAUUGGAGUAUGUUGAGCAUAUUAUUCAUCUGUUGGAUUUGGAGGACAUUGCCGACGCGCUGGUUGGAGAAGCUGGAAGCGGCCAGCUUAACGUUGAAGAACGAAAGCGAGUUACCAUCGGCGUUGAGCUCGCAGCCAGGCCUAGCUCUUUGCUCUUCCUUGACGAACCUACCUCCGGUCUGGAUAGUCAAGCUGCCUUCUCCCUGGUCGAGUUCCUGCGCAAGAUUGCGGCGGAGGGUAUCCCGAUUGUGUGUACUAUUCACCAGCCAUCUGGGGUUUUGUUCGACAUGUUCGAUCAUGUUCUGCUGCUGGCGCCUGGGGGUCAGACUGUCUACUUUGGUGAGACUGGUGACAACUCGUCCAAGGUUGUGGACUACUUUGGUCGCUACGGGGCGGUAAUCGGGGGCAAUGUCAACCCUGCCGAGUUCAUCCUGUCUACUGUUACGAAAAAGGAAGAGGGCUCUUUGGACUGGCCUACAAUAUGGAAUGAGUCUGGCGAGCGCAAGUCGUUGGAUUCUACCAUUGCAGAGUUGGAUGCAAAGGCCGGUCUGUCUGGUGGAGCGUCAACGGAUACAGUCAGGGGAUUGCAAUCUGCCACCUCUCACGGUCAAUACACACUUCCUCUCUGGGCACAGACGGUGGCCGUGACCAAGCGGCACUGGAUAUCUGUUUGGCGCGAUGGCAUGUACAACUUUGGUAAACUAGCCAAGUCCAUCUUCGUCCAGAUGUUCGUUUCAUUCAGUUUCUUCAAAGCCGGUACCUCAGUCCAAGGUUUGCAGAGCAAUAUGAUCGCCAUUCUCCUUCUUGCCUGGAUCAUCCCCGCAACCUGCGCUGAUCUUCAGGAUAUGUGGUUCCGGAAAUGGGACAUCUUCACCGCACGAGAGAAGAAUGGCAUCUACGACUGGAAAGCACUCGUCACAGCCUUGGUCCUCGUCGAACUCCCCUGGCAACUAGGCACCUACACACUCAUCUUCUUCAUCAGCUACUGGACAGUCGGCUUUCCCAACGAAACAACCAUCUCCGGCUUCGUCUACUUCAUGUGGCUUCUCCUCGCCAUCUUCGGCACCAGCUACUCGCAACUACUAGCAGCCAUGUUCCCCAAUGCCACGAUGGGCGGAUACGCAAACUCCCUAUUCUGGGUUAUUCUCAUGGUUUUCUCAGGCGUGCUCACACCGCACGCAUACCUGAAUGACUUUUACCGCCCCUGGCUCUUCUGGGUCGAUCCCAUGCGAUAUUGGUUCGGGGCUACUGUGGGUAGCGUUCUACACGGCGUCCCUGUCUCAUGCAAGGAGACAGAUCUGACAUUUUUCGAUCCUCCGUCUGGCCAGACUUGUGGGGAGUACGCUCGGUCUUUCCUCGAUGCGAGUGUGGGGUAUCUCACCAAUGGUGAUGCGACGGCUGACUGUGCCUACUGCCAGUACUCUGUUGGUGAUGAUUAUCUCGAUACGUUGGAUUAUGCGUAUAGUGAGAGGUGGUGGAAUUGGGCUGUGUUCUUGGGCUUCUGUUUGACGAAUAUUGUGCUCUUGUAUGGCAUUAUGUGGUGGACUACGGGGAGGACUCAGCGGCGGUUGGGUUGA